AUGCAGAUUGAUUAUUUAGUUGAAUUACUUAAUACUUCGCUAACUAAAAUAUCCCCAGCGGAUCAUCGUUUAGUUUUGGCCUCUAUCUUAUCUUAUUUACUCUCUUUUUUAAGUCCGCAUUUAUCUAACUGUUUGUACAUUCGUGAGAUUUUACAUCUAAUCUUUGGUCUUUUGAUCUUGGGUAUACUUUAUAAUACGCUUAAUUUGAGUUUGAUUGUACUGAGUGUAGUUGUGAACUUGUUUUUAUGCUAUCUGCCCUUAAAAGAGAAAGAUAGUCGAGUUAAAGUUGUUGUUGCUUUGAACUUAAUUCUAAUGCUUAUAGCUUACUUGGUUUAUGAUACGAAUGAUAACAAUUUGUUCUUGACCUUAUCAGUGCUUUUUAUGAAGUACGUUUACUUAGCACUAGAAUACUUGCCCCAGUCAAUGGGAGUUAUGCGGUACUUUGGGUACAUCUUCUUUAUUCCUGGGAUGCGUUAUGGGCCAGUUCUGUCCUAUGCUGCUUAUAGUAAGUGGCAAGAUUUAGGGUAUACUACUCUAACUGCCCAAAUUCCUAAGGAGAAGAUAGAUGCCGAAGUAGGACAAGAAACUGAUGCUAAACGGAUUGCCACAAUCAAAGAACACUUAGCUAUUAAGGAGUACUACCGAUUGGUUGCUUUGGGAUUGGCUAAGUUUGGGGUAGGUUUGACUUGGCUAGUAGUUUAUCCCGUUAUUUACCAGCAAGUAGUAGCUGCUGCUAGUAAGACUAAUGGUCUUUGGGCUGUUCCUAUGAUUGAGUUACUAGGCGUAGUGGGCCAGUUAAGUCUUUUAGCGAAAUGGUACUUAGAGGAGGCUAGUUACUUAACUCAUUUUAUUACUGAUAUGAGCAAUACUAAACCUAAAGAACUAAUCUUAUCUGGUAGUUUUGCUGAAAUGUGUGCUGCCUGGAAUAUACAAGGGUCUAAGUUUAUGCAUGUGUUAGGCCGAGUUUUAUUCACUACUAAGUCAUCUAGUACCAACUCAUUCUUUGACGAGUACUUAAGAACUUCUUUACUAGCUUAUGGACACGUACUUCUUUUCCCACAAUCUUUAGGUGCUCUUGUCUUAGCAACUCUUUCUAUCUUUAUGCUAGCUUGUGGUAUAGAUAGUAUAACAGCUCAAUUUGGUCUAGAUGGAUACUUAGCUACUAUUAUUAAUCUAAUAUUUGCCCGGGUCUUUUUCUCUUACUUCAUGAUUGUUCCUUUCUAUCCGCCUAGUUUAGUUAUGUACCUCUGGAGUCUUUCUAAGUACUAUGGCCAGUUCAUUUGUCUUUGUGGUAUGUCCCGUCGUGUUUCUGCUUCUUUAAAUGCCCCUGCACCUCCACAAGAUGAUUCAGACCUUCCUGCCACUCCCGCCGAUCUUUCCGGCCGUCACCGCCCCCAUAAAUCCACCCCAACACCCACCUCCCAAUAA